GGCGCCAAGACGUCGAUAUGGCCCGAGUCGGACCCUGCGGGAAGUCGCGUGCUGCAUCCGCCUCACCUGCAGUAGGUAGUGACGGCCACGGCAACCUUGGGCGGAGUCUGGUAAGGGGCAUCUGGGAAGUCUCUGGAGCCAGGGUAACCGAAAAAUCUCAAGACUCGCUGAGUGACCCGACGCUGUCACUUGCCCUUCUGCCGAGCGAGAGCUUUUCCACCCAGAGACGUUGCCACCCGGCACUUCCUAUACGUGUUGCAACCCUCAUUCUACCUCUCCAGAAAUAACCAUAACCUUGCUGCCUACUGAGGCUGUUUACUGAGGGUCCACUGAAUGCCAAGCGCUGCGCAUGAUUAGCUUGAUUCUUACAACAGUUCUGCAAGUUUCUGGACAAGCAGAGCUGAGGAUACCAAAACUUGUUCUGAAGCGACUAUUGAGGUCAGCCCCAUGGCUAUUUCACAUGAUUCAAAUGAAACUUCCUAUUUGCUACCUCCAAACACUGAGGACUGGGAAGGACACAACAUUCCUGACUUUGUCUAUGGGCAGAAGGAACUUGUGACAGAAGGGAUUCAGUGGCCGAGGAACACACCCAGCCUCCCAGACACACUGCCACUGUCUCGCUUCGACUCUGCACUCUGCACGGCCUGGAGGCAGCGGAUGGAACUGGGGCUGUUCCGUUACCACCUAGGGGAGCUGCAGACCCGAACCCUCCCUGGUGCUGUGGGUUUUGUGGCUCAGCUGAAUGUGGAGCGAGGUGUGCAGAGAAGGCGCCCCCAGAACAUCAGGAGUGUGAGGCAGGCGUUUGACCCUGAACAGUUUAACUUCAAUAAGAUCCGGCCAGGAGAAGUCCUCUUCCAUUUGCACCGGGAACCCGAUCUCCCUGGUGUGCUCCAGCAAGAGGAUAUCCUUGUGGUGAUCAACGUCAGCCCCCUGGAGUGGGGCCACGUGCUGCUGGUGCCUGAGCCCACCCGAGGGCUCCCCCAGCGCCUGCUGCCAGGGGCACUGCGGGCUGGGGUUGAGGCCGUGCUACUGAGCUCACACCCGGGCUUCCGCGUUGGCUUCAACAGCCUAGGUGGCCUGGCCUCGGUGAACCAUCUCCACCUGCAUGGCUAUUACCUGGCGCACAGACUGCCUGUGGAGGGGGCCCCCAGCAAACCCCUGGACCCUGGGGGCCGUCUGCAUCUGCUCCAGGCCCUCCCAGCUCCUGGCUUUCUUUUUUACACUAGCAGCCCAGGACCUGACUUGGAAGCCUUGAUAAGCAGGGUCUGUCGGGCCACUGACUAUCUGACUGACCACGAGAUUGCACAUAACUUGUUUGUGACCCGGGGGGGCCCACCUGGAAAGACAUCGUCUUCCUCAGCCCUUACAGGGGUCCGAAUAAUUCUGUGGGCCCGGAAGCCCAGCUUUGGAGUAAAGGAAGGCGAGGCGUUCAAUGUUGCCCUCUGUGAGCUGGCCGGGCACCUCCCUGUCAAAAUGUCCCAGGACUUUAGCAGCCUAACAGAGGCAGCCGCUCUGGCUCUCAUCCGAGACUGUCUGCUGCCCCCAGCCCAGGCAGAAGAGGUACAGGCAGCACUGGUAGCCUUGACAGCCCAGGAGGAGCAGUAAUCCUUCCAGAAGUAUUUAUUUUGUAACUGAGCUAAGUCUUUUCUAGAGAGCUGUCCCUCAUGGUCAUGUGGCCACUUUCACGAAUGCCUUCUCACGUGUCUCAGCCUAAGGGGAGGGAUAAAGAACUGGUAAGUCAUCUCUUUAAAGAGGAGAAACCUGGGAAUAAAUCGAAUGAAUGAGC